GUAUUGGAGAAGUAUAUUUUAUAUUUAGUUGUCAAUUUGCCGUCAAGUUGUAACGUUCGUGUUGUGAUAUUAAUUAAUUAGACAUAAGUAAUGGAUACGCAUUUAAAAAUAUUAUCUUUGUUGUUUCUUUGGUGUCAUAGUUCUUCUGCCGAAGUAUAUUCUCUCAAUGAAUCAGAGUAUGCUUUGAUGCCCCCUGUGUUACACCUGGACAGCUACGAGGAUUGCAUACAAGAUGCUGACUGGCUGUACUGCAAGGCUGAGUUCGCACUCGUCUCGGAUGAGCCAAGUCCACGGUUGGCCAUGAUACAGAAAUAUUCCGCACACAGACCAACACACUACAACCACACAUUAUUACGACAUGGGAUUUGUGUCACUCAAACAUGUAAAAAAUUCUACGAAGAAAAAAGGGACCUAAGAUCGGCCCUUGAGGCAUGCCUCAAUGAAUCCCUUUAUAACAAGUAUCAAUUAAAAACUAUUAUAUUAGAUGGAUAUGAAUGUUCGAAAAAUGAUAUGAGAAUGGAAUAUGAUAAUGUAGAUUUGUAUGUAGGCUUGUUUUGUUUGGCAGUAUUGGUUUUAAACUUAGUCGCUAACUUUGGCGGAAUAGCGGAUGAUGAUUCUUCGUUCCUUAGCUGUUUCUCAAUAUCCCGGAAUUGGAAGAAGUUAAUAAAACCAUCAAAUGUCACUGGAGAUCCUCGUUUCCAAGUUCUACAAGGAAUUCAUGGAUUCAGAUCCAUGACUAUGUAUCUCGUUAUCGCAGCCCAUGUAGGCGUGACCACCUUGAGUUCACCAUCCAAUACCGCUUACGUGGAAGAAAUGUACUUCUACGGACUGAACCAAAUUCUUCUGAACGCGACAGUCGUAAUCCAGACGUUCCUAGUAAUUUCUUCAUUUCUCCUGGUAUUUAUCUGGUUGAUAUACUCCGAGAAACACGAACCUUCGUGGAAGAUGGUCCCCAUACAGUUCAUUGUGAGAUGGGUAAGAUUGACUCCGUCGUACGCCAUCGUGUUGGCCUUGACAGCGACUAAGUUUGGAAGGAUGGCAUCGCAGCCUAACUGGAAUAUCGUAGGCACCGAGAUAGCAGAUUGUCGGCGCGACUGGUGGAAGCACCUCCUGUACAUCAACAACUACUUCGACGACUCCGAGUGUAUGUUCCACACUUGGUACUUGGCAGCCGACACUCAGCUCUAUAUCAUUGGCACCAUCGCCUUCCUGAUCUGCAGGAACAUCCGCGUGAGGAGACUAGUCCUAGGCCUUCUCUUUACUGUCGGAGUGAUCACUCCCAUGCUGCACACCUACUUCCAAGGCCUGGACGGUGUCUUAGUCAAUUCUCCUGAGUUUGUGGUAUCCUGGUUCAAGACUGACGCGACGUUCCACCACGUGUACAAGCGAGGACACACCAACCUCGCGAGCUACAUCAUCGGCAUGGCGAUGGGGUACCUGACUUACGACCUAACGAAGAAUAAAGUGGAUCCUAAGAGCUUAAAGAAGUACCGCUACCUAAUCUGGGCCGUGUUCCCACUGGGUCUCGCCUGUUGCUACUCCGGCACUAUCUUCUACGACAGUCCUUCACCUCCAGUGUACGUCCACCUGCUGUACGCUGGCUUCAUGAAGCCACUGUUCGGAUUCUUCGUCGGUUGCAUCUUGGUGUCAUCAGUCCUUCGACUAGAAAAUGUGUAUAGAUGCGUGAUCGAGUGGAGUUUCUGGCGGAUCCCGAGUCGGUUGUCGUACGGCGUGUACCUGCUGCAUCUACUCUUCGUGAGGAAGUACGCGGUGACCCUCACAGCCACCCGCGUGGUCUCGGCUUGGACUCUUAUUUACGAUGUGAACUUCGUCGCAGCAUGCACUAUGGUAGCCGCCACAAUCUUCUGGCUAUUGGUGGAAGCUCCGGCCUCAAACCUCAGACAAUACUUCUUCAAAAAUGAUCUAGUUAAAGAAAAUAAGAAAGCUAAAUAAUUUACAAAUUGUCAUAACAACAGAUUAAUUUACAAACUGGAUGAAAAAUAAUAAUUUCACGAAAAAUAACAAGAAUUAUGAAAUUAAUGUUAUACAUGAUGAACAUUAAGAACACGAUAAAAUUACACUUUUAUAUUCGUUAAUGUAAAUAGAAUUUUAAUAAACAUUAAGUAAAACUUGAAA